UGGGUGUUCUGACCACCCAAACCCUCACCCUCUUCUGUUUCUCUUCCCUUGGCGUUCCUGUAUCUCUCUCUCUCGGAAUUGUUUCCAAUUGCUCUCUCAAACCCUAGCUCUCGUUCUGCCUGCCUUUAUGCGUGUUCAUACUCCCGUCGAUUCGUUUUUGGAAGCUGUUGCUGUCUGAAUUUGGUGCCGUAUUGUCUGGUCGCAGAUUCUCUUCUCUCGCCCCUCGCUUUCGAAUUCCGUUCGCUGCUUCUGCGGUUCUCCGUGGAGGGUGGUGAUUGGUUUGGCUUGGUUUUGUUGGGAUUUCGUGAAAUAUCGAUUUGUUUUUUUGAAAUGGCGGGAAGCAAGCUCGAUCUUCCGGAGGAUCUCAUCGUAUCUAAGCCGUCUGAUCAAUCGUGGACUUCGAAAGUCUCCGUGGGAAGUGAUGAGGACAAGGGGCUUGGAUUACUGGACGAAACUAAGGAUCAAGCGUUGUCAGAGAACAUGCCAUUGUCUCCGCAGUGGUUGUAUGCUAGGCCAAAUGAACCGAAAAUGAUGGAAACUCAUGGGCCAAGUUCUCUAUCUCAUGGUGGUUCUACUGAUUUAAACCAGAAGGAAAUUUGGCGCACUGAUGCCUCCGAGGACAAAAAGGAUUGGAGGAAGAAUGCUACUGAACCUGAUAGUGGCCGUCGUUGGCGUGAAGAAGAAAGGGAAACUGGAUUGCUUGGUAGAAGAGACCGCAGGAAGAUGGAAAGACGUUCUGAUAAUGUUCCAGGAAAAGAAGCAACCGACAAUAGAUCAAUGUCUGUCACUGACAAGUGGAAUGAACUGAGCAGUCGCAAUUCUGGAAAUGAAGCGAGGCGCGAUGGAAAGUGGUCUUUGAGAUGGGGUCCUGAUGAGAAAGAAAAAGAUGUUAGGGUGGAGAAAAAGAUGAGUGUGGGAAAGGAAGAGUCUCAGGGUGAGAACCAAUCAGCUGUGUCAAAUGUUCGUUCUGUUGCUGAACGUGACUCAGAGUCUCGUGAUAAGUGGAGGCCUCGGCACAGAAUGGAAACUAAUCCUGGUGGACCUGGUUCCCAUCGGGUGGCUCCUGGAUUUGGGCUAGAAAGAGGUCGUGUAGAGGGGCAACCUGUGGGAUUUACUGUAGGACGUGGCAGAUCAAAUGUCUCAAUUAUAAGACCUUCGUCAUCUGGCCCAGCUGGUGCUGCUCAGUCUGACAAGAGUGGAAAUGUUCCAGGAAAAACAAUCCUCUCUGUUGACACUUUUGUUUAUCCUAGGGGCAAACUACUUGACAUAUAUCGCAAGCAAAAGUUGGAGUUAUCUCUUGCUCACUUGGCAGACAAUUUUGAGGAAGUACCUCCAAUAACUCAACCAGAUUUCAGUGAACCUCUUGCUUUCGUCACUCCUGAUGUAGUGGAGGAGGCCGUUCUGAAUGACAUGUGGAAAGGUAAAAUUACAAGCAGUGGAGUUUCCUAUAGUUCAUUUAGAAAGGGAAGAUCAGCUGAUAAUGUUUCAGAAGUGGGAGACCUUGAAUUUGAUGAGGGAAGACAGGAUUGCAUUCCUUCAGAUGUUGUAGAAGAUGCACCCAAUAGCGUACGAAAAGAAACAGUGGAUAUUCAUGAAGCUAGCAUGUAUAGUGCAUUUAUUGAUGCUUCACUCAAAACAGAGAGAACUGCUGACGAUGAAGGAAAAUAUGAAGCUUCAGAGAUUAGACAUGGAAAUGGACUGGAUAUUGGUGGUGUACAGUCUCUGAAUGGUUCUCCAUAUGAUGCUAUUCAACUUCCAACUGCAGAUUCUGUUAUUAAUCAGCACUCCUUGUUUGAUCCUAUCAAGAUGACCCCAGCAGUUGACGUUAAUAAUAAACAUUCUGAAGAGUCGAACACACUUUUUUCUAUGCCUACGUCAGAGCAUGAUUGGGAUGGCCAACUCCAUAAGAUUGGUAGCAGAUCCUAUGAUAAUUAUGCUGAUAAAGGAAUUGCUCCUGAGGAAUUAAGUUUGUACUAUCGGGAUCCCCAAGGGGAGAUCCAGGGUCCUUUUCUUGGAGCAGACAUCAUUACAUGGUUUGAUCAAGGUUUCUUUGGGACUGAUUUACCUGUCCGUUUAGAAGGUGCUCCUGAGGAGACUCCUUUCCUAGAAUUGGGUGAUGUUAUGCCUCAUUUGAAAGUUCAUCAUCUUUAUGAUAAUGAGACUGGUUUCAGCUCUAAUGUAGAGAAUGCAGAGGCUACUUCAGAAACUCACUUGCAGAUUCGUGUACCUCAAUCAACUCCUUUCACUGCACUUGAUGGAUCUGGUUCCCAUUUACCAGAUUUUGAUCCUCUUUCUAACAAUUCAAAAGUAUCUGAUUAUCAGCAUCGUCUGUCACAUCACUUGUACGCUCACGGGGGAGAUUUCCAUGAUUUAGGUGCCCAAGAUGAAGAAAUUGUGUUUCCUGGGAGACCUGGAAGUGGUGGCAGUGCUGCAGGGAAGGUGUUCAGGGGAUAUGGUGAACAAGCUGCAAACAGUGGCAAUCAAUUAUAUGUUGCUAAUGAACCUGCUGAUUCAGGUGUUUUGAAUCAGGAAGAGAAUAAGUUACAUCCUCUUGGGUUGUUGUGGUCUGAGCUUGAAAGAUCAUAUGCAAGGAAUGAUCCUGCAACUACAUUCAGUGGAGGUGUUCCAGAAAAAAUUGUAAAUCCUGUGCCAGGAAGGGCUGCCCCUUCUGGUGCUGUGGCUGAUCCCGCUCAUAUCCCCGAGCCUUGGUAUGAUGCUUAUGGUAGGAGUGCACUCCCUGAUUCUGACAUUUAUCAGAAUAUAAUGGAUGCUCGGCAUUACUCGAGGAAGGAGCAAGAGCUUAAUCGCAUUGGUUUAGCAGAAAAGCAUCUUCCCCAACAACUUCUGCAGCAGCAUCUUCAACAACAGGGUAUGAUUCCUUCUCACAAUAUGAACUUGAAUGAAUCAAUGCUUGAGGAAGACCCGAGUCUGAAAAUGAUGCACCACAAACAACUUGCUGGCCUGAUGGGGCAGGAUGCCGAACACAUCCUGGCCCUUCAGUUGCAACAACAAAGACAGCUGCAAAUGCGUCAACAGCAGCAACUACUGGAACAACAGAAGUUCCAUCAACAGCAAGCAUUGCUGAAAGAGCAGCGGGAGUCUGAAGCCAGGCAGGCUCUACUUGAGCAGCUGAUGCAGAGUCAAUUUCAUGACUCUGGUCGGGGGCAGUCACAUAUAGAUGCACUUCGAUCCAAUGCUGUUUUGGAGCAGGCCAUACUGCAGCAGCAAGCUCUACUUUCAAGGCGUCCUGAUCUAUCCAUGGAGCAGUUAAUUCAAGCAAAAUUUGGUCAAACAUCUCAUCAAGGCCAUCAAAAUGAGUUGAUGGAAAUCUUAUCACGAGGAAGGCAUGGGCAGAUACAUCCACUAGAUCAACAAUUUAUGCAGCCUGAACAGUUGCAGGGAAGGCAGCUGCCUUUAGGAUUGAGGCAGCAAUUAGAACUUGAAGAAGAAAGACGAUUUAAUCCUGGUUGGUCCCUUGAUGAUGCUAGUCAGUUCCACAGAAAUUCGGUUGCCUCUCGUAGAGCAGCCCCUUUGGAUUUCUAUUCCCAACAAAUACCAACUGAUGAGCGGCUCAUGCACCUUGAAAGGAAUCUUUCUUUGCAAGAUAGACAUCAUGGUCUUUAUGACCCUGGCAUGUUACCCUUUGAGCGAUCUAUGCCAUUGAAUGUUGAUGCUGCCGGGAUGAAUCAUGAUGUUGUCAAUUCCAUGGUUCGUGCUCAGAGUUUGGAAAUGCAGGAGCAGAUGGCAAAGAUGAACUCUGGUGGUCAAGGUGGUGGGUUUUUAUCUGGUGUUUAUUCACAGCAGCAGGCCAACCAUCCUUUAAUACCAAAUCAAUUCAAUGCAUCACAAUUGGAUGCAUUGGAUGGUCAUUGGUCUGAUCGUAACGGUCAGCUACCCAAUGAGGGUAUGGAAUCAAUGGUUCAACAGCAUCUUUAUAGUGAGAGGCAGAGAAUGGAAUCAGAAGUCAAAAGAAUGAAUGAAGAUAGUUUUUGGAUGUCAGCAGGAACAAAUGACGAUACUUCCAAGCGGUUGCUUAUGGAGUUGCUGCAUCAGAAGUCUGGCUUCCCAUCAAGUGAACAGUAUGAUGGAAGUAAUGGAACAGUGCAUGAUAGAAGGCCACCUUCAAGUCAAUAUUCUGGGUCAAGCAUAGAUCAGUCAGCAGAUCAAGAACCAGGUUUCAACAAAUCAUUAGCUGUUGGAUCUUACGGUUCAGAUUCCGGGGGACGUCUGCAGAGUCAAUUGUCCAAAGGGAUGCUUGGUGUCCUGGAAGGUGGAGCAUCUCUUGAAGGAAGACCAGUUGCUUCCAACAUUGAUGACAGCUAUAAGGGGUUCAUCUCAGAUGCUCGAGAAGGCAUAAUGGAACGGGCUGGUGACACAUCCAUCGAUAGAGCUGAAAUGCCCGUCAAUAUCCUCAGCAGGCAAAUGUCACUUGGCUCUUCUGCUUAUCCAAGUGAAAAGAUUGGCUUGCGUGACUCGUUUAUGGAGGAUGCCACAAAGGAUAGGUUGGGAUCUUCCAGUUCGAAAGGACAAGAAAAUAUCUUGCUAAGGCAUCCUCCUAUGCCGCGCCCUGCAUCUUCUCAUGAAGGCUUGUCAAAUCUUCCUGCUGAUCCAGUUUCCAAAGGAAGAAGCCUUUCAAAUACGGCUCCAUCUGACGUUUGCUGUGUGUGUGCUGGUUCAGGCGGGAAACCAGAGGCGGGAGGUAGUAAUGCAAGAAACACAGAAGGAGCAGCAAGUCGCAGAGGAGGAGGAGGUGCCUCUGCUGAAUCUGCUGCACAGUUUAGGAGGACAUCAUCCUGCAACGACGCUGAUGUAUUAGAGACUUCUUUCAGUGAUAUGCUGAAGAGCAGUGGCAAGAAACCACCAGCACCAGCAGCUCAAUCUCAGGUAGGAGGAGGUUCAGAGUCAUCGGGAGCAGAGGGAGGAGGAGGAGGUCGAAACAAUAAGAAAAAGGGGAAGAAGGGUAGGCAGAUAGACCCGUCGCUGCUGGGAUUCAAAGUAACGAGCAACCGAAUCAUGAUGGGAGAAAUACAGCGGAUAGAGGAUUGAUUGAUUGAUUUAUUAUUGUUGCUUAAUUAACAACAAGUGAGAGAAAUACUAUGUAGGUAGGUAGGUAGGUAGGUAGGUUUGGAUAUGGCAAUGGCAGGCAUUGUACAGAUCUUCUCUUCUCCUCUCUUGUCUAUUCUAUUCUUUUUUAUUUUA